GGAACAUGGAAAAACGACAAGGCAAGGUGGAAAAGGGGAUAGCAUCUGUGACCGAUAAGCACCGUAUUUGGCAAAGCCCCCUUUUUUCCAAAGGUACUGCUCUCCCCAGAGAAAUUUUUUCUUACGAAACGAUGGCUUCUACAUCUCUUUCGCUCCUCCACUUCUUUUUCUUUUACUUGCUGCUCACUGCCAUUACAACACUCGACUUGCUUCGUUACUGUCUUACACACGCUCCUUCUUAAUCGAGCUUUGCCGCGUCUCGCAACCUUUUAAACAACACUCGAACAACACCCGAAUAUUGCGCAUCUCGCACAACAACCUUGGCCGCCCCUCGAUUGAGACGCAUCUCUUACAACGACUUGGUCUCUGCCCUCCAUUUGAUGUGCUGCUUUACUUUUCAUUUUCCUAGCAGCAAUCGAACCAUGCUAGGUCCAAAUUCUUUGUUUUUGUAUCGUUACUGUCGACUCUGUCUGGCAUCUCUCUUGCUUUGCUCCCACGAGUACUUGACAUUCGAUACACGUUUCAGAAAUGAGGCACAUUUUUCUUUUGUCGUAGUAUUGCCGCUCCCAGCUAUAGCUGUUGUUUUGCUCGCAAAAAU